AUGACUAGCGUGGGAUACGAGGCAGGGACAGUCACGGAACGAAGUGAGGGCGCAAGAUUCGAUGCGCGCGAUUGGGGCGUGGUAGUGAGAAGGAGAGGACGUCUUGGAGGGUGGGCCACUAGCAAGGCUGUCGGGCAAGUCUCCACGAAGGAUGGUGAGACCCAAGGAAGCAAGCAACAGAUUCAAGUCAGCACUCAGCCUAACCUUUGCGGAAGUGGAUCGAUCGCGCGUUCCGCUGCGGAGUCCCCCCUAGCACGUGACCGCUGCCUAGAAAAUCCCUGA